AAUUAGUUCUAUAUAAAUACCGAAACACAAAAGUCACAAUCAUCAGUUAUCUUAGAAACACAAGUCUCUUAAGAUUUCAUUCAAAACCGAGUUUUUAUCCAAAACAAACGAAAAAAUGGCAGCCAAGUUGAUCGUAUUCGUUGCCUUGUUCGGGCACCUGGCCUUAGCCUAUCCGCCAACGAUAGUCGAGCAUCACGGUUUCGAGCACCACGACGACGACCAUUACGCCCACGCACCCACCCCGUAUCACUUCGAUUACGCCGUGAACGACCCGCACACCCACGACGUCAAGAGCCAUCACGAGUCAAACGACGGUCACGGAAACGUCAAAGGCUCGUACAGUCUCCUAGAAGCCGACGGUUCUACCAGAGUGGUCGAGUAUACCGCCGACGCCAAACACGGAUUCAACGCCGAGGUGAAGAAAAUCGAAGCGCCCGCUCAUUAUCAUUACGAAGCGCCGCACUCCACCAGCUACCACGAGCCCAUCCAUCAUCUAUACAAACCGUCCUCGCCAUACCAAUACUGAGUAUGCGACCGCCACGGCGACGACUACUGUCCAUCGUCAUCUCGUAAUCGCGCCGACGUCGUUUCAUGUACAAUAUACUUUCAUUAUAAUACCUUUCUGUAAAAUAUACUUUAAAUAAACCAUAUAGUUCAGCACUCUAUAA